AUACAUAAUUUACUUAUAUGCUUGCAAAAUUAAAGGCGCACUCGAAGAUUCAAGCGCAUGUUCCUCAGCUCAACGAUUAAAAUUAUUAUUGAAAUCGAAUGUAAUAAUAAGGUGCGUGAUCAUACUUUUUAAAUCAUUGAGAUUUCAUAUUUAAACAGAUUCCUAUAUUAUAGCUAAAUAUAUUUCGACUGUUAAGUAAUAUUCGAACAAGACGGCAAUGAGCGUGAUUUUAGUUGUUCAGUAUUUUCUAUUCUACAGCGUGUUGUGUAUUUUGGGGGCAUUUUUGUGCGUAUUUUUGUAUUUUCAAUACUCUUAUGGCUAUUGGAAAAGAAGGGGAGUUCCGUACAUCAAACCAAAGUUUCCUUUAGGAAACAAUAAUUCAGUGGGUUUGGGUUCAUUCUCUUAUGGAAUCGAAACCCUCGGUUGGUACUGGGAGCUCAAAAAGAGAGGCCUUAAAUUUGGAGGUGUCUGGAAUUGGGCAAAUCCAACAUUGGUCUUGGUAGAUCCAGAUUACGCAAAGGAUAUAUUAAUUAAGGAUUUUCAGUAUUUUACUGAUAGACAUUUCUUUCACAAUCCGAAACACGAUCCAAAAAAUGAGAGCUUGUUCGUUGUGGAAAAGGACGAAUGGAAAUUUAUGAGGCAGAAUUUAUCGCCUACCUUUACCUCAUCCAAGAUGAAAAUGAUCUUUCAAAGCGUCAUGAAAUGUACGGUGCCAAUGGUGGAAUAUUUGGAAAACUGCGCUAAAAAUAAGGAGGAUAUCGAUGUUAAAGAUACUAUGGCUGCCUAUACCAUUAACGUGAUAGGAUCGUCGAUUUACGGUCUGGAAUUGGCCUGUUUCCAGGACAAAAACCACAAGUUUCGCGAAAUAGGCCGCGAAAUCUUCAGGAUCGAUCUGGUGAAGGGCGCCAAAAUCGCCUUCAGCCGUUUGUGGGAAGGGGCGGCGAUCGAAGCCGGGUUAGGACCUCUUUCCCAAAAAAUAACGCAGUAUUUUACCGACGUGGUAACGGAGACCAUGGAGCAUAGAACAAAAAAUAACGAGAAGCGACAGGAUUUUAUGCAGCUCGUUAUCGACCUGUACCAAGCGACAAAAGACCAAGACAGGCCGUUUACUUUCGAUCAUUUGGUGGCCAAUAUUAUCGUUUUCUUUAUUGCUGGUUUUGAUACAUCCGCAACCACUCUUCACUACGCUUUAUAUGAACUGUCUGUGAAUCCGGACAUUCAAGAAAAGGCCAGAGAUGAAAUCAAGCAAGUGUUAGAGAAGCAUAACAACGUCAUAACGUAUGAGACGUUUCAAGAUAUGACAUACGUCAGACAGAUUAUCGAGGAAACAUUAAGGCUGCAUCCUCCACUAAAUGCGGUGGCCAGGAUAGCUGCAAAGCCGUACAAAUUAAGAAACACGAAUGUAGUUAUCGAAAAAGGAACCAAGGUAGUAAUUCCAGUGGUGGGAUUCCAAAGGGAUCCAGACUAUUUUCCAGAUCCUGAGCGGUUCGACCCGGACAGAUUUUCAGCUGAAAAUAAAGCCUCCAGAAAUCCUUACGUCUAUAUGCCUUUCGGCGAAGGACCCAGAAUGUGCAUAGGUAUGCGAUUGGCUCUAAUGCAAACGACAAUUGGCUUAGUGCAAAUACUUAGGAACUUCAAAAUUUCGUUAAGUCCACGCACCAAGCUGCCUGUCACUGAGAAAAAGGGAGUUUUUGUAAUGGCUCCAGACGAACUGAUAUACGUAAAUGCCGAAAAGAUUUAG